UGGAAAAAGUUAAAUUCCUGUCGAUAUUAUGUGAUGGAUCAACUAAUCAAGGCAUAAUUGAUAAUGAGAUAGUAUAUCUGCGAAUGGUCAUAAAGGGAAAGGUAGAGGUUAAGUUUAUUGGAUGUAAGUGGGUGACAAAAGCUGAUGCCAAGGGAGUUUUUCUUGCUAUGAAGCGGGCUGUGGAAGGAGUUAGGCUUGAUUGGUCACUAACACAUAAGAAAAUGGUGGGUCUUGGUUCUGAUGGUGCCGCAGUUAUGACAGGCAAAAAGACAGGUGUUGCUGCCUUGUUGAAAGAACACCAUCCUUCAAUCAUUUCCAUUCAUUGUCUUGCCCACAGAUUAGAGCUGGCCUACAAAGAUGCUUUGAAGGGGAUCAAAGUAGCAGAAAAGGUUGUCUCUGGACUUUUACUAGGGUUGUACUACUUUUACCAUAACAGUCCAUUGAAUCGGGCUAAUUUGAAAGAGUCAUAUAAAACCCUUGGAAUAGACAUGAAGAUGCCAACAAGAGUUGGCGGCACCAGAUGGGUUGGCCAUGUUUUACUGGCAUUGAAAAACAUGUUCCAUGGAUAUGCUUCCAUCAAACAACAUCUUUAUCAGCUUGCAUUUGGGUCAGGUGUGCAAGCUAUUGCCAAAUGUAAAGCCCUUGGUCUCUAUAAGAUUCUUGUAGAUGACAAUAACAUCACAUUUGCAGCCUUUCUUCUUGACAAUCUGUCUCUUCUUCACAUCAUGUCACAAGUAUUUCAGCGGGAAGAAAGUUGCGUGGCUGAUAUACACAGGGCUCUCAACUCCUGUCUUUGCUCACUCAACAGAUUUUCUGACAUCUUCCCAGAUGUACAUGUGUUGUCUUGGCCUGAAGUACAGAGGCAAUUCAAUAGAUAUGAGAACAUCUUUGGACUCAUUGACCUUCUUCUGACUUUGCCAUCCUCAAGUUCGGAGUGUGAAAGAGGUUUUAGUCAGAUGAAAAAGAUCAAAAAAGAAACCAGAACCAGACUUACUGAAGCAUCGUUCAAUGACCUUAUGACAGUCCACCUUCAUUCAGAUGCUAUUGACAAGUUUGAUCCAAUCCCUGCAAUUAACAAGUGGACUACUAUGGCAAUGACAAAGAGGAGACCCCAGUUUAAUGACAAAAAAGGGUAA